CAUCCGUUCGUUCGACUUUACAGAAAGCUGAUUGGUUUAAUCACGACAGUUCCAGAAGUUAUUUGGUACUCGAAUAUGUACGACUUGCAAGACGCGUAAACACGUCAAGGCCUUAUCUAUGAGUUAGGUAGGACAUUUCGAGUUUCGUAUUUCCGACUCCUACAUGAACGUAGCAAAAGGCACGGGGAAAUAUAUUCGGUGCAAAGCCUCACAAUCAACAGUUCAUACUGCAACACCACAAGGAUUGGUCUAAGCAGAAAAAUAGAGUCUAUGGCGGUGCCGAGGAACUCAAUAUGGAUGCUGGUACUCUGUGCGUAUUUUACACUCACUGUGAGAGCGGACUGCGGGAAGGACUGUGCGUUCUGCGUCUAUCGUCUACUGGGGCGAAAUACGGCGAUUACGACUCUGUCAUGCUCUAUAGAAUGUGACGGCAACCUGGACGCCACAAAAAUCCACCUCUGCCGAGAUGUCCUUUUGGAGGAGGAGCGUGACAGUGUAGACCAACCGGAAGAGGUAUCUGGCAAGCAUCAGAACCUGGCCAAGAGGUAUGGUGGCUUCAUGAAGCGCUAUGGCGGGUUCAUGAACCGACGAAACCUGCCAACAGAGGAGGGAGGAGCACCUGAUGGAGAGAAUCGCCCAGUUGCAGAGGAAGAGGACAUCCGUCUGGAGAUCCUGAAGAUCCUGAAUGCAGAGGCUGGGGAUGGGGACAGGGAGGAGGCCAUGGGCUAUGGGGGAUUCAUUAGGAAUGAUGGGGACUUGGGAGCCCUUAAUGGGCCAGGCAGGCCAUUGAAAAAGCGUUAUGGGGGCUUUAUGAGGAGGGUGGGGAGGCCAGAAUGGGUCGAAACCCCCAAGAUCCAGCAAGGGCCCAUGAAACGCACAUGGGAAGCGGGUGAGUCCCCCCUGGAUCAGAUACAGAAAAGAUAUGGAGGAUUCAUGGGCUAGAGUUUGGUGCCUCCUCCAACCCUAUUCAAGUCUGUUAAUCUAUUGAAAAGAGGAUCCAUUCUUGUACCAUCGUAGAGCUUGUUCUGUGCUACUUUAUGUCUGAUGUCUUUUAUUUUAAGAACCUGUGUUUUUUGUGUUGCAUGAGGGCGGGGCAUGUGAGGAAAACCGAUCUUGGCACAACCAGGUCUUUGUCUCUCUGGUGUCAAUUUGCCUCAGUUAAAAAAGGGAUACUUCAAGUUCUAGUUGAAUAUUUGACAUACAUAGUGUAUUGUUGUGCUACCCAAACUAGUUGUUUUUUAGCCUAAUUGGCUGAUUAGUGUCCUGAAUAUCGAGGCAAGGUAAGACAAAAAAACCUAUAAGAGGCUAACAAAACAAAUCACUUUCUGAGGCUUUCAUUUUUCACCACAAAAUUGUUUAGGCACACUCAAAAAGCUUAAUCUCAGAAAACGCCAUAACUAUGUGGGAAUAGUCCACUGUGGCCUCUGCAUUGGUGGUUGAGUCUUUGGAAGUAAAAUACUGCCCAUCGAUGUUAUCUGCUUUUCUACUGGAACAUGUACCCCACAUUUAGUACUGCUAUACUACUGUGUUGCAAUUAUCCAUCUAAUGGCAGUGUCAGUUUCUAUUACAGCCAAUUAUAACAACAAUGUUGCUCAUCCCACAUUGCUCACACAUUUCCCAGUAUGCAAUAUGUCAAAAUAUGUUGCUUUCAGUUGAUAAAUGCCCUAAUUUUAUGUUCUUUCUAUUGAGAACAGAGCAGCAUUUCAUACCAAUUAGUUGUACAAAAGAUAAUAAACCCAUGAAUCCUGCAGAAAUAAAAGGACUCCACUCUG